AAGCAGCAUAAGAAGGGAAGCAUUCUAGACCCUGACAGAACACAUGCUGAUCGACAGAUCCUUACCAAAGAUGCUAACUAGCUGGCUAGCUACUGCAUGCAUAAAACACGGAGUCGCCGUGCAGUGCAAAAAAAUUGGUGCGUGCUCAGCUGCAAUCUGCACACUGCCACCCUCGCCCUACAGAAGAAAACAUGCUGCUAAGCUCCACUCUUGCUGUUACCGCGAUGAAACUAGGGCCAAUAAUGAUGCAGUUACUAUUGGUCCCACUGGGGUGGGUUGGGUAGCCUUAUGGUUGUCAACUCUGUCGAUCUUCUUGUAUUUCUUUUCUUCUUUUGGUUCUAUUUGCUUUUGUCGAGUUGUCUUAUGUUUUGUUGUGGUUGCUUUCUUUGGGUAACGAGGGAAUGAAGUACUAUCGUAUGAUAAUGGGAACUAUGUUAUGUUGUGUUAUGCUAUUGAUGAGUGGAUGAUGAUGAUCUGCGUGGAAAAUAAUGUCAGAGUCUUGUCUGAUUCAAACUCCGUCGUCCGUCUGAUGUCAGCCAGCCAUAUUUACACAUCCACGCAAUCACAAUCAAUACAAAGGGAUAUUCAACCC